UGGAGAUCCGCGCGCGCGCCUCUGGAGAGCUGCUCUGGACUGUGUUUCGCGCGUCAGUUUGAUGAAAUACAACGCGUUUGGGGAUUUAAAGUCUUUGCGUGCACAAUGAGCAGCAGGAGACGGACGCGUCAGGAGCGCGCGCUGCCAGCUCCAGCGUUUCCCCGGUUUGUGUGGAGUCUGGAAACUCUGACCUGACCGCAGGAGGAUGGACUCAGCAUGUCUGUGACUCCAGCGGCCAACGCGACGGAGGAGGCCGCCAACAUCACCGCCAGCCCGAAACUCUGGCCGUACACCGAGCCCGCCUCCGCGUUCAUCAUCCUCGUGGUGUCUCUCAUCAUCCUGCUUACCAUCGUCGGGAAUGUUCUAGUGAUCGUGGCGGUUUUGACCAGCCGCGCGCUGCGCGCUCCACAGAACCUUUUCCUGGUGUCGCUCGCGUGCGCGGACAUACUGGUGGCCACGCUGGUGAUCCCGUUCUCCCUCGCCAACGAGAUCAUGGGAUACUGGUACUUCGGCAGCACCUGGUGCGCGUUUUACCUGGCGCUGGAUGUGCUGUUCUGCACGUCUUCCAUCGUGCACCUGUGCGCCAUCAGCUUGGACAGGUACUGGUCCGUCACCAAAGCGGUGCGCUACAACCUGAAGCGCACGCCGAGGCGCAUCAAGUGCAUGAUCGCGGUGGUGUGGCUGAUCUCCGCCGUCAUCUCCUUCCCGCCGCUCAUCAUGACCAAACACGACGAGAAGGAGUGUCUGAUCAACGACGAGACCUGGUACAUCCUCUCCUCCUGCGCGGUGUCCUUCUUCGCGCCCGGGCUCAUCAUGAUCACGGUUUACUGCAAGAUCUACCGCGUCGCCAAACAGCGCUCCUCCACGGUGUUCGUGGCCAAGAACGGUCUGGAGAGGCAGCCGUCCCAGUCGGAGACCUGUUUUGUGCGCAAGGAUAAGUUUGAGAAGGAGUCUCCGAGCAGCAACAGCUCCGAGAGCGCGGAGCGGCAAGAGGAGCUGGACGAUAUCGACCUGGAGGAGAGCGCGGCGUCCGACAGCAGAGUCCGGGGCUCGCGCUUUUCCAAGCGGCGGCGGGUGGAGGGCGAGCGACGCGGCCCGCAGAGGAGCUGCCGGGUGUCCUGGGCUGCGCAUCAGGAGCCCGGCAGCAGACAGCAGCAGCUCGCCUCCAAGAGCAAAGUGGCGCAGAUGCGAGAGAAGCGCUUCACCUUUGUGCUGGCGGUGGUGAUGGGGGUGUUCGUGCUCUGCUGGUUCCCCUUCUUCUUCACCUACAGCCUGCAGGCGGUGUGCGGGGAGCGCUGCGACCCGCCCGAGGCGCUCUUCAAGCUCUUCUUCUGGAUCGGAUACUGCAAUAGCUCCGUCAACCCCAUCAUCUACACCAUCUUCAACAGGGACUUCAGGAAGGCCUUCAAGAAAGUCGUGUGCUGGAGCGCGCAGCGGACAUGAGACACGAGCGCGCGUUUGGACACCUCGGCCACUCUUAAAGGCACAGUUCACCCAAACAAAUGUACAUUUACUCACUGUUUACUCUCCCUCGAGUGGACUUAAAGAGUUUCUGUUGAACACAAAAGAAGAUAUUUUGAAGAAUGCUGAACACAUAGACUAGCAGUCCACUGUAAAACACCCAUAAAUUAGCAGUUUUCCUUAUUUUGUGAUUCAUGUUUUUAUUUUCCCCAUUUAAUUAUGCUUUUGAAUUGCAUUAUGGGACCUUGACCUUUCUUAAAGUGCUAUAUUGUCUGCGUUGGUGUUGUAUAUUACGCUAUAGAAACCUUAUAAGUGCAGCACAUUUUCUGUUAUUUUACAGACUUAUUUAUCUAGAUAUUAUUUCUUAUACAUUAUAUUAUUUCAAACUACUAAAAUAUUAAUAAAAGUCACUUUGUUAAAGUGUAGAGUUGAAUUUUCAGCAUCAAAAGUGGACAGAGCAGAGAUCAACAUCCCAGAAUGCAAUUCACAACCCCAAAUAAACCUACAACACUCAUUAACUGAUCAUAUUUACAGUGUGGCUACUGUAACAUACAGUACGGGGGCAUUAUAAGACUGCUUUUGUGGUCACAAUUACUAUAGGAAGAAAUUAUAUAUACUUGUAGCUCUCAAAAACAAAUCCUUUGGACGUCAGUGGUGCCAGGGUUCCAGCAUUCAUCUUCCUUGUGUUCAACAGAGGAACGCCAGAGUACAUGAUGAGAUAAUAUUCAUUUUUGGAUGAAUAAUCUCUUCAUAGUGUGUGAAUGUCAGCAUCAGACACAGAAGCUGUGAAACUGCCGUGUUUCUUUACUCUGUUUACACUCUUGAUUUUAUUACUGCUCUUGAAUAAAUCAUAACAAUGAAAUCGGAAUACAUUUUACUUUACAUUUAGGAACUUUUUAUUUUAUUUUUGUCUGAAAAAGGGGUCAAAAUUAAAAGAAAGAAGAAAGUUUAUACUUUAAAAUGCUGGGUUGUAUUAACCCAAUGCUGGGUCAAAUAUGGACAAACCUAAAAAUAGGCUUUACAAAUGUCAUAUUUUUUAAAUGUCAAUGUCAGUUUUAUUUCUAUAGCACUAUUUAACACAACCGGAGGUUGACCAAUGUGCUGCACAGUACAAAUCACAACAGAUAAAAACAAAUGUAUAUAUAAAAUUAUAAAAUUAUUGCUAAAACAGACACUUUUCACUGAUAAAAUCCCAAAUCAAAGUUUUUAACCUAGAUUUAAAAAAAGACAGGGAUGAAACAGAUCUGAUACAGAGGGGCAGAGCAUUCCACAGCCUAGGACCAGCUACUGCGAAAGCACGGUCACCUCUGCAUUUCAGCCUCGACUUGGGUAUGAAUAACAGUCUCUGGUUAGAUGACCGAAGAGACCGACCAGGCUUAUGCUCAAUGAAAAUGUCUGACAGAUAAGAAAAAUAUUAACCCAAUGUUGGGUGUGUACAAAUUUAAUCUAACGUUAGGAAUUUUAAUACAAGGCAUCAUUUUUUCAAGUGCAUCUUUUAGACCUCAUAUAUAUAUAUAUAUAUAUAUAUAUAUGGAUAUGGAUUUUCCCCAUGAAAACGAUGCUUAAUAUGCAAUGUUUUGGACCUAAUUGUGUGUAUUCAUUUGAGUAUUUUUAGUUAAUUGUGCUUUGCUUGUUUGAUUUCCUACUCCAAUCUGUUUUAAUUACAACUUAGAUAUUUUUUAAUUCAAUUAUUUAUUACUAGAGUGUAAUUGUAUUGCUAUAGCACCGCUAAAUGAAGCUUCAUGCCUUAUUUAUGCUUUGAGGUUUGCUGAUUUUCUAAUGGCCUUUAAAGUACAUAGAAUAUAUGAAUGAAAUAUUACAGGAAAUAACACAGGCUAAAACAUUAACAAAACAUUUGAUGACAAAAAAGGGAAACAACAUAAAUAACAGGUUAUUAUUGUAAUGAUAGUUUCAGCUAAUAAUUAAAAAAUAAUAUAUAAUAAUGAUAGGUGGCUCAGUGGGUAGCACGAUCGCCUCACAGGAGGAAGGUCGCUGGUUCGAGCCCCGGCUGGGUCAGUUGGUGUUUCUGUGUGGAGUUUGCAUGUUCUCCCCAUGUUGGUGUGUGUUUCCUUCGGGUGCUCUGGUUUCCCCCACAGUCCAAAACACAUGCACUAUAGGGGAUUUGAAUAAGCUAAACUGGCCAAAGUGUAUAUGUGUGAAAGAAUGUCUAUGGCUUUCCCAGUGUUGGGUUUCAGCUGGAAGGGCAUCCGCUGUGUAAAACAUAUUCUGGAUAAGUUGGCGGUUCAUUCUGCUGUGGCGACCCCUGAUUAAUGAAUUAAUUAAUAAUAUAAUAAUAAUAAUAAUAACUGCAAU